UCUAGUCGGAACGAAUCAACAAAACUAUAUAGUUCAAAUUAAAUAUAUGGCUAAGUCUCAAUUUCAGUAUGCUGCAUUUCUUGCUCUCGUCCUUUUCUUCCUCAUUGCAUCAACUGAUAUACAAGUGGCAGAAUCAAUUGGUUGUGAAAAGCUGAGCAAGACAUGGUUCGGACUUUGCCUUAAUUCUGAUGGAUGUAACGACCAAUGCAUCAAUUGGGAGCAUGCCAUUCAUGGAGCUUGCCACUUCGAUUGGGGUGGUCCCUCUUGCUAUUGCUAUUUCUGCAAUUGAUCAUUAUAUUUGGUCGUCGUGAUUGAUGCUAUUUAUUAAAGAAAAUAAAUAUAUGCAGUUUGUAAUAAUGUUGGAAAUCAAGACAUAUGAGCAUAAUCAUUCCGCCUAAGUAUUCUGAUGUAUGUAUGAUAUGCUCCUAAUAAAUGUAUCAACACCUAUAUCAUUUGGAGGUCUUUCCUC